AUGGCGAAGGGCGGCCGGAGCUCGCGCGGCGGCGGGAAGCGCGGCGCCGCGUCGUCGUCGGCGUCGGCGUGCGCCUACUACGCCACGACGGGGCUGCUUGUAGCGCUGUGCGUCGCGGGGGCCUACUUCCUCACGUCGACCUCGGCGGCGUCCGCCGACGGGGACGCGGCGGGCACGGUCACCUCGUACCGCCACACGACGCGGUCAUCGUUCGCGUACGAGGUGACCAGGGAGAAGGCCCCGCCGUCGCCGCCGCGCAAGGUGGAGGCCGACGAUGCCCGGUCGGGGAAGGCUGCUGAGAGUGGCUCCGAUGAGGAAGGCGCCGAGGAGGAGCGCAAGAGCGUGGCCACGGCGGCCGCCUUGGACGAUCCGCAUGCCAAGCCUGAUGAUCGUGAUCAGGAACAUGUCGCUGACGAGGAGAGUAUGGAGGGGGAUCACAAUAACUCUGCGGCGGCCAUGGAGGAAGAGAGGAGCGAGGAGGGAGAUCACGUGGACGCCGGCGAGGCGAACGCAGAGGACGCGGCAGCGACCAUCACACACGGCGGGGAGGAUAAGGAGCAAGAAGCCUUACUGGAGGAGAGCCACGAGCCGCGAGAACAAGAGCAGCAGCUGCAGCUGCAGAUGCCGCGUGAAGAGACCCGGGCUGCUGUCGUGGAGGAGAAGAGCUUGGACGGUGGCACCAUGGAGGAGACCAACGCGGGGCAGAGACAGCGAGAGCACGAGCAGAUCAACGCGGGGCAGGCAGCUGGUGGAGACCUGCGCCGGGAAGCGCAGGAGGAACCCCAUACCAACGGCGACGAACGAACGGAGCAGGAGCCAGAGGAGGAGCGCCAGCAGCACCAACCAGAGGAAGAGCGCAGCAAUGACCAACCACAGAGCGAAGAGGAAGGGCACUCAACGGUGUCAGACGCCAGCGGCGAGGCCUUCCGUAACCAAGACGAGGACGGCGGUGACGGCGACAAGCCGGCCGUGUCGGAGCAAAUGAAGGACGCGGACAGCAAUGCCAGUCAAGACGAUCACAGCGUCGCUGACUCGCUCGUAGGCGAAGCCCGCACAGAGGAGCAGAAGGCGUGGGCGACUCAGGCCGACCAGUCCCACCGGGAGAAAGACCGCCGCGAGGAGAACGCGGGCAGCAAUGAGAACGACACCAACGGCGCGGACAACGCCGGCGGCGAGGAGCACGAGUGGCGGGUGUGCAACGUGAAGGCGGGCGCGGACUACAUCCCGUGUCUGGACAACGAGAAGGCCAUCAAGAAGCUGCGGCCGGAGAACUACCGGCGGUACGAGCACCGGGAACGGCACUGCCCCGACGAGGGCCCCACGUGCCUCGUCCCGCUCCCGAGCGGCUACCGCCGGCCCGUCGAGUGGCCAAAGAGCCGAGACAGGAUAUGGUACAGCAAUGUGCCGCACACGAAGCUGGUGGCGGUGAAGGGCCACCAGAACUGGGUGAAGGUGAGCGGGCAGUACCUGACCUUCCCCGGCGGCGGCACGCAGUUCAUCCAUGGCGCCCUGCACUACAUCGAUUUCCUUCAGCAGUCCGUGCGCGGCAUCGCGUGGGGGAAGCACACGCGGGUGGUGCUCGACGUCGGCUGCGGCGUGGCCAGCUUCGGCGGCUACCUGUUCGAGCGCGACGUGGUGACCGUGUCGUUCGCGCCCAAGGACGAGCACGAGGCGCAGGUGCAGAUGGCGCUCGAGCGGGGGAUCCCGGCCAUCUCCGCCGUCAUGGGCUCCAAGCGCCUGCCCUUUCCCAGCAAGGCGUUCGACCUCGUCCACUGCGCGCGAUGCCGCGUCCCCUGGCAUGCCGAUGGUGGUGCUCUCCUCCUUGAGCUGAACCGCGUCCUGCGCCCCGGCGGCUUCUUCGUAUGGUCGGCGACGCCGGUAUACCAGAAACUGACGGAGGACGUCGAGAUCUGGAAAGCAAUGUCAUCUCUGACAAAAUCCAUGUGCUGGGAGCUGGUGUCGAUCAAGAAAGACAGGCUCAACGGCGUCGGCGUCGCCUUCUACCGCAAGCCGACGUCCAACGAGUGCUACGAGACCAGGAGGCGGCAGCAACCUCCGAUGUGCAGCGACGACGACGACGCGGACGCGGCGUGGUACAUCCGCCUCAACUCGUGCAUGCACCGCGUACCGACUGGCCCGUCGGAGCGCGGCACGAGGUGGCCCGUGGAGUGGCCGCGGCGUGUACGGACGCCGCCGUACUGGCUCAACAGCUCGCAGGCCGGGGUGUACGGGAAGCCGGCGCCGGAGGACUUCACGGUGGACUACGAGCACUGGCGGCGCGUCGUCGACAGGUCGUACCUCAACGGACUGGGCGUCGACUGGUCCAGGGUCAGGAACGUCAUGGACAUGAGAGCUGCCUAUGGAGGGUUCGCGGCCGCGCUUCGAGAGAAGAAGAUCUGGGUCAUGAACGUCGUCAACGUCGACGCGCCAGACACGCUGCCGAUCAUCUUCGAGCGCGGGCUUUUCGGCAUGUACCAUGACUGGUGCGAGUCCUUCAGCACCUACCCGAGAACCUACGACCUCCUCCACGCCGAUCAUCUCUUCUCCAAGAUCAAGGAGAGAUGCGCGGUUCUGCCGGUGGUGGUCGAGGUCGACAGGAUCGUCAGGCCGGGGGGCAGCAUCAUCGUGCGCGACGAAGCCGGUGCCGUCGGCGAGGUGGAGAAGCUCCUGAGGUCGCUGCACUGGGACGUGCGGCUGACCUUCUCCAAGAACGACGAAGGGGUGCUGUACGCCGAGAAAUCGGAUUGGCGGCCGGAGCUGCUCGAGGAGCCAUCGUAA